AUGUCCAUGGAUUGCUUAAGCUACUUCUUUAACUACGAUCCACCUGUCCAGCUCCAGGAUUGCUUUCUUCCCGAUAUGGAUAUGAUUAUCCCUGAAUCUGACAGUUUCUUCCUCGAAUCUCAACCGCAACUCCAGUUCCAUCACCCAUUGCUCCAAGAAGAAGCUCCUUCACAGACCUACUUUGACCCUUUCUGCGACCAGUUUCUUUCUCCCCAAGAAAUCUCUCUCCCUAACCCUAAAACCAAAAUCUUCAGCGAAACACACGACCUUGAUUCCUUCCUCCCUGCGCCAAAGCGCCAGAAACUUGUUAACUCGAGCUACCAUUGUAACACUCACAAUCAUUUCCAGAGCCAUAACCCGAGUUUCUUCGACCCUUUCGGCGACCUUGAAUUCGUUCCAGAAGCUUCUUCCUUCCCGGAGUUUAGAGUUCCAGAUUUUUCGUUAGAGUUCAAAGUAGGCCGAGGAGCUCAAGACGACACCAAGAAACCGACGCUUUCAUCUCAGAGCAUCGCGGCUAGAGAGAGGAGAAGAAGAAUUGCUGACAAGACUCACGAGCUCGGAAAACUCAUACCUGGUGGCCAGAAACUUAAUACGGCCGAGAUGUUCCAGUCCGCCGCUAAGUAUGUCAAGUUCUUGCAGAGUCAAGUUGGGAUUCUACAACUGAUGCAGACCACAAAGAAGGGUAGCUCCAAUGUGCAAUCGGAAACUCAGGUUUUGCUUGAAUCGCAAGCAAUCCAGGAGAAGCUAUCAACAGAGGAAGUGUGUUUGGUUCCGUGUGAAAUGGUUCAAGAUCUAACAGCUCAAGAAACCAUUCUGAGAAACCCUAAGAUUUAUCGAGAGAUCAACAAGCUACUGUCUAGAGAUCUGACUAAGUAGUCUUAGUUUCAAGCCUAAAGUUCUCAAUGCCUAAAUUUGUGUCUG